AUGAAAAUUGUAAAUAUAAUUAUAAUGAUAUUGUUUAUGAAAAGCAAUAUUAAUUGUGUAAAAUAUUUCAAGUUUCUGUCGGUUAACACUUGCACAAAUAAUAGCGAAAUUGUGAUUUUAGAAAAAUGUGAAAUUGAGAAUGCAUCUUUUACUUUGAUUGUUACUCUUAAAACUCCAAUCACCAAAAUGCUUGUUACGAUUACAGUGCAUUUUCUUCAACACAACAAAAUCAUUCAAAGUCUUCACAUUAAACAGCUAGAUUGGUGUCAAACGUUUAAGCAUGGAAAGGUGCCAUCAAAUGUUUUAUGGAGAAUUGUUAUGAGUGGAUUUGGUAAAUAUUUGAGACAUUAUACAAAAUGUCCACUUAAAAAUAAGGUUAUUUUUGAAAAAGUAAAUGCAGACUCGAAAAUGAUGCAAUUUAUACCAAUCGUAAAAGUUCGUUUUGAUAUUUUAAUGGAUAAUAUCGGAGAAAAUAAGCAACAUGAUUUAUUUAAUGUUUCGUUUACUGGUGAAGUUUUUGAUCAAUAA